UGUUUUGUCUCUUGACAUCUUUUGAAUGUUGAGUUUCAAAGUCAUCCACAUGAUCGAUAUGGGAAGAACAUAUAAGUUUGAAAUCAACGGUGGAAACUCAUGGAGACGUUUGGAAACGACGCUUACGCUUACGUGCCACUCAAGUCUAAUGAAACCCCCUGUUUACUUAGACGGGUCUCUUCUCUUCACUGGCUGAGAAAGGACGGUUGUGGCUUUCAAUCUCAAGACGGAGCAAGCACGACUUAUCCCGGUCAAAUUCCCCCUGGAACUGAGUUCAAAAACGCUCUUUGCUGCUGGCGAUAAUAGCAUAACUUUGAUAUCGGCAACGGAGAAAGUCGUUUACUUUUAUGCCCUUACGAAUAUCCUCAGUGAUCGUCGACCCAAGUGGGUCCUCCUGAAGCAAAUCCACAACGGAGUGACGGACAAAAAGAAGCUUUAUUAUUGGAACGUUCUGACUUACAACGGCAAGUGUUUAGUGUUGAGUGUGUGUAGUACAGAUUACAACCAGUACAGGUCCUGAGAUUUACAAGGUCCCGUACGAAAUUAAAAAAUUUAAUAUUUUUUUUGGUUAAAACAAUUACAUUUUUCUAAAAGAAUUAGGGCAAAUUUUAUUUUGACUUUAAUAUAUGUAUUUUAUGUUAAUUUAAUUGACUUACUUAUGUUAAAUUUAUUAAUUUGACAUGUUCUGAUAUUUUCUAACUAAAUGUGAAAAAUAUAUAGUUUUAUAAGUAUAGAAUUCAACUAAAAAAAUUUGACCUGAAAAUGAGGCCCCAUCCCAAUGUUUCAUGGGUGUGUGCUCAAGCCUGUCACUGAUUACAACCGAGUGGUUAAUGUGUACCACUUGAGUGCUAACAAGUGGGUAGCCAUGGGUUUGGUUCCGGGAUGGUGCGAUGCAAAUCAGGAUUUUUUUUUUAGUUUGCACGGUCUGUGUCUUCUGUAGUGAGACUUGAUCAGAUAUUGGCUUGUGGUAAUCGACGCAUCUCCUCUCUAAGCUCGAUUAUAGCACUGAUUGAUGGAAGCUCAUCAGAAGAAGUUGAAGAUCAACUUAAGAAAAGAUCGGCUGAACACAACUUUUUGUAUGAGCAAAUUACCAACAGGAAAAAAAGACUGGUUUAAACAAAUUCGUUCCAGAGUGAGCAACAUGUUGUGUUUUUUUGGUGAUUUGAUUAAUGAACAUGGUACUGUUUAAUGUUCUACUCUCUCUUUUUAGCAAUGUUAUAAUGUUUGGUAAUAAAAUUUAAAACUUAUCAUUACUCAGUUUGCUUAAAAUCACUCAAACAAAAACUUCAACAUAAAAUAGCAAACACAUGUUCGACUUUUCAAUAUGUAAAAAGUAGUCCAAAACAUCUUUUCAUAAUAUAUGUUUCUUAUGCUAGUUAUAAUUUCUUUUAUUACAUUGACUUAAAAGGAUGGGGAAGAUAAAAAUCAAGAAGAUUUUUUUUUCUUUUUUUCCAGUUAUGUUGUUAGAACAGAAUGGAACAUACACCACUAAAUAGUGAUUGUAAAGUUCUCCUAGCCAAAAUAUCAGCACAAUAUUGGUUACCAGACCGAUUGAUAUCUACAAAAACCUAAGGGCAACAUUAUCGCGGGUUGAUAGGCCCGUCCCUUACUGAUAUAUGGUCCAAAAAUAAAUCAAAAUCCAAUAUAAACUGAGAAAACGGGCCUUAACUAAAGGGCAUUUGGGCUGGUCCGUAAGGCGACGUGGAGGAAGGUGAUUGGACGAUGAUAUCGAAGUCGCGAAACACAUUUCUCUUCGCCUCUCGUCUGUUUUAUUUUCUCUUCGCCUCUCGUCUGUUUCAUUUUUACGUUGUAAUUUGUUUCCACUUUGUAAUUUUCUUUUCAUAUCUUAUCAAUAUAAAUGUUUAAUGUUUGUUUCAACUCUUUUUUUUAUGUGUUAUUAUUAAUUUUAAAAAAAAAAUACCUAAGAGACUUCUAAAAGCAGGGGCGGAGGCAGUGAAGGAGGUGUGGGGUCAGCUGACCCCACUACUUUUUUAAAAAAUAUUUUUUUUAUUUAAGAAAAUUUGUAUUGACCCCAUUAAAAAUGAAAAUUUGACCCCACUAAAAAUAUAAUUUCACAAAUAUAAUCACAAAACAUUAAAGAUUGAAGAUAAUUUAAAAUUAUAUAAAUAAUAUGUUUAUUUUAUUUCUUAAACAUUUGAUUUAUAUUAAUUUUAGCUUAGAUUUCAAUAAACACGUUUUUAUAAUAAGUGUUAGUUACAUAUUUCAAUAACUCCCAAAUUGUAUUAGGUCCAAUAAUGAGCGAAUUUGAAAAAAAGGGAUUUGUACUUCUUUUCUGGACAACGCAAAGAGGAAGAACUCUCAUGUUCCCCAAACAAUUUUUAGAUAAUUUUUUUUUGAUCAAGUAAUUUUUAAAUAAGUUUUCUAUUUUUUUUUGUUAUACACUCUCUUCUUUAUUUUAGCAAACUAAAAAUGAUUAUGAAUCAAUGAUUAUGUAAAUUUAUCAGUUAACUAAUGGAUCAGUUUCUGAAUCGGCAAAAAAAUAUCAGCCAAUGAAAAUCAUCAAAAAAUAAUAUUACAAUAUCGCAUCAGUAAUGAAUUUCUAAAACUUUUAUGAUUUGUUUUAUCAAAAUUAUUUUAAAUUGUAGUAAAUAAUUAUGGUAAACAAGUUUUAAGAUAUGAAUGAUCAUAUAGUAUAUUUAUAGUUUUUCCGUGGUUAUAAAUUAUGUAUUUGGAGAUAAAAAAAUUUGACCCCGGUACAAAAACUUUCUGGCUCCACCACUGUCUAAAAGUCCCUCCAAUAAUCUUAUUUUUUAAUCCUUAACCAAUGCCCCUUAAGCUAACUAUAUUAAUAUAAUAACCUAAAGACUUAAAUUUUGUCCUAGGGAUAAUGUUGCCCUAAGGGAGAACAUAUUUUUCCAACACUCGAUCAUGUAUAUGAAGUGGUAGAACUUGAUCAGAGUGUAUAUUUUAUCGUUACUCCAUUCAACAUAACAAUAACCAACGCAUUGUUCAAUUUUUCAACAUAUAAAAGUGGUUCAAAUCGUAUUUUUCAUAAUGCGUUUCUUCUGCUAGCUAUAAGAAUGUAUAAUUAUUCCUUUUAUUAGUUUAAAUUAAUGUGAAAUUAGGUUACUUGGGUUGAAACUCAUUCAUCCGUUAUAUUAUUGAGCAUCUUUUUCUUUGAACAAUGUGCAUCUUUCUAUUUAAUUCACAUCUCUACGAGAAAGUUUUUCACAUAGGCAUUCUAUGAGUAAGAGCACUACUCACUAGAAGUAGAGCAUCAUUAGAACAACAUCACCGCAUGAAUUCUUAUAAGGAGGUUACUAGCUAACACCAAAAUAUUAUUAUUUUAAAAUAUUAUAAGUGAAUUAUUAAAUUUUAAUUAAAAUUAAAUAGUUAAACUAAUUAAAUUCUGCCACGUGGAGAAAUGAGUUCUUAUAAGUAUGCUGCAAAGACUUAUUAAUUAAGAUUUUAUGGGUAUUUUCUCUCCUAAUUUUGUAUUUUUCUUAUUUUUCUAACUCAUUAGAUAUUCAUUACAACUCCCCGUUGGAGAAGAAGACCUUAGAGUAUUUCCAAUUCAUCUCUAUUUUUAUCUCUCUUUUUUUGAACAAUCUUUAUUUUUACUUCUAUAAUAGCAUUUAGAGGUUAAAUCACCCCAAAAUCUUUAUUUUUGUCUCUAAAAUAUAAAUUGUUAUUUUUCUCUAUUUAUAGAGAAAGAAAUAACAUUCUUCUAUAUUUUGUUUUAUAUUUGUAGAUCUCUAUUUUUAAAGUAACAUAUUGGAACAAAAUUCAUCUCUAUGAUAAAGUUCUUUUAUUUUAUAGGUAAAAAUAAGAAAAUACAUUGAAGCUUGUCUGUGGUUAGGUACCCUCUUAAAUCUUUCAUCAUUAUAUUUGUUACUAUUUAGUUGUAGAUUUUAAAAAAUAAAUGACAACAGCAAAAAUGAACUAAUAAUACAGUGACACAUUUAAAAUAACUCUUCAAUUUUGUCAAAAGUCUAUUUCUUCAAGGAUCGUCUCUCUUUAUCCUCUACAUUUUCUCUUUUUCAUUAUUAUAAUUGUUAGAAACUUGUUGAGAAUUCCAUGCCGCGGAUGUUCUAAGAGCAUCAUUAGGACGGGAAAACGGCUUAUUCAUGCCCGAACUAGGGAUUGCUGAGAAAAUACAUACCUCAACUUUUACUGCAAGUCAAAACAUACCUACACUAAUCAAAAAUUUAAAAUUCAUGCCUGAAUUAUGGAUCGAUAAAAAAAUACAUACCCCAACUCUUAUUGCAUGCCAAAACAUACCUUAACUAAUCAAAAAUUUGAAAUUUAUGCCUAAUCUUUAGAAGUCAACGCCAAUUUCAAUCUAUACUAUUAUUUGCGAAGUAAAUUUUCGCAACGGAGCUCUCACGUUAAAAAUUAGAGUAGCUAAAAUCUAUGUUACCCCUAAUAAAUUUUUAUAUAUAUUCUAUUAUAUAAUAAAAUGAAUUUUAUUUGCGAAGUAAUUUUUCGCAACUGAGCUCUCACGUUAAAAAUUAGAUUGGCUAAAUUCUAUGUUACCCUUAAUGAAUUUUUAAAUAAAAUGAAUUUUAUUUUAAAAAUCUUAUAUAUUUUUUAAAAAUAAUUAUGAUGAUUCUUAUAUAUUAUGUUGUUAUCUUAAAAUAAUAUUUUACUAUUAUAAAAGUAAAAAAAAUUAAAAGAAGUUAUUUUUUACAAUAUUAUAUUUAAAAAAAAAGAUAAUUCUUAUAUAUACAAAUAUAUCUUAAAAUCACUUCUUAGAAAAUAUCCUUAUACAAAUAUAUUGCUCCAUUAAUAUUUACUUAGAUAUUAUUUUUAUCUUAAAUUUUAACUUUCAAAAUAGUAAAAUAUUAUUUCAAGAUAACAACACAAUAUAUAAGAAUUAUCAUAUAUUUUUAAGAAAAUAUAAUAUUGCAAAAAUCAUGUCUCUUAAUUUUUUUUACUUUUACAAUAGUAAACUAUUAUUUUAAGAUAACAACACAAUAUAUAAGAAUCAUCAUAAUUUUUUAAAAAUAUAUAAGAUUUUUAAUAUAAUUUUUUUUUAUUAUAUAAUAGAAUAUAUAUAAAAAUUCAUUAAGGAUAACAUAAACUUUAGCCACUCUGUUUUUUAACGUGAGAGCUCCGUUGCUAUAAAAUUAUUUCAAAAAUAAUAGUAUAGAUUGAAAUUAGCGUUGACUUCUAAAGACUAGGCAUAAAUUUCAAAUUUUUGAUUAGUUAAGGUAUGUUUUGGCAUGCAAUAAGAGUUGGGGUAUGUAUUUUUUUAUCAACCCAUAGUUCAGGCAUGAAUUUUAAAUUUUUGAUUAGUGUAGGUAUGUUUCGACUUGCAGUAAAAGUUGAGGUAUGUAUUCUCUCAGCAACCCCUAGUUCGGGCAUGAAUAAGCCGUUUUCCCUCAUUAGGACAUCUGCAACGGCAAUCUCUUGAGACGUUUCUGAACUAACAAAAAUUAAUUAAAAAAGGAAAGUGAAGAAAGAAAACGUACAGGUGGAGGCAAGAGACAAGAAACGAUUCUUUAAGACCAUACUCUUUCUGACAUUUGAGAGAUUACGUUAAAUACUUGUCAUGUAUUCAGUGGUUUAGUUGGUUUUUUAUACUUUCUAAUUCAAUUAUUAUUUUCUUUAUUUUUCUAAGAAACUUUGAUAGUCUUUAGCCACUAAAGAUGCUCUUAGUGGUCAAUUUCUCAAUACUGAGUCUCUCAUAUAAUUAUAUUAAUAAUUUGGUUGAAUAAUUAAAUUUAUAAUGUAAAAUAAAAGCAUGUGAAUUAGAAGAAGACACAUGGCUCCAUAGUUUCUUUAGAACAAUAGAAAGUACCUUCAUAACUCAUUUAGAGACGAUUCUUUCUAUCUAACGUCAUUUUCUCUUACUGUUUAAUUGUUCAAUACUUUUUCUAGCUAGAGACUCUUCUAUAGAAGCACCGAUACAGGUGCUCUAAGUGUAAUUCUCUAAAAAUAUCUUAUUGACAAAUAAUAAUUAAAAAUUAAAUGAAUAUCUCAGGAUGUGAACUUUAACUCAAUAGUAUUUCAUUUUUUUCUAAAUACUUAUUUAGUUUUUAAUUAUUAUUUAUCGCUAAACUGUUUUUUUUUUAACUUUACUUAAAUUCUAUGGAUGGACAUGCUUUAAUAUCUCAAAAGUAAAUACAUUAGUUAAACAUUAGGCAAAGAAUUGAUGGAAUUUUUGACGGACAAUAAGAACUGACGAAAAAUUAAUAUUAUUCUACUAAAAUAUUCAUCUGAAAAUCAUAAUUUUCCAUGGAUGAUAUAAAUUAGUUUUGCAAAUGAUUUUUCUUGUCUUCACAACUAACUCAUUCGUAGAAUAGACUGUUUGAAAUGAUCGUCUCCUGCCUUUCAUGAACAUUCAAGAAUAUUAAGAGGAAGCAUGGAGGUUUAAAACAAUACACAACCAGAAGCAAAUCAACAAGCCACUAGCACAAAUAUGACACUGGUUGUUAGAUACCAAAGAAUAUUAUUCUUGGUAUCUAACAAUGGUAAUAAGAUAUACGAUAUCAGAACAAUCUUAAUUAGGAUUGAUCAUCUUACCAAAACUUGUAAGAUACAAAGUAGUUGAGUGUAGCUCUUAGGUCCUCUAUCAACAACCACCUAAUCAAAUCAUCGUGAUGGUAUAUGAGUAUGAGUCUGAGAAAAAGCAACUACAAUCAUAAACAGAUAACUACAUCACUCGGAUUCAAAGGAACAUAAUGGCAAUCUUAACAUCCGAGAAUAUAUUUAGAACUUUUUUUGAAGAAAAUAUAAAGAAAACCAGUGGAGAAUAUGUUACUUUAUUUUCUAAGAAAGUCAAAUUUGGAGAAAAAAAAGUUCAACAUUAGAAAUGCUCUAAAUAAAUUUAUGGUCAGAUCAAAUCUAUCAAAAUUUAAUUAAAUCUGUCAAAAUUAAGUAAAUUGGUGGUCAAAGAAUCUAACAAAACCCAAUUAUCUCUAUCAAAACUAAAUAAAUCAGUGGUCAAAGAAAAAUAAACCUAGAAAUCUUGUAUAAGCCUGUAAAAAUUAAGUAAGUAUGUGGCCGAAGAAACUAAAUAUAACAAAUUUCUAUUAAAUCUAUGAAAGUUAAAUAAAUUUGGUCAAAGUGAAAAUUUUCUUAAAAAAAUCUAUUGAGCUUAUAAUUAAUUAAGUAUAUAAAUAAUUAAAUAAAUAUGUUACCAAAGAGAAAUAAAUUUAUUUUUAUGGAUAUAUAAAACAUGUACUAAAUAAGUUUGUCUGAAGGCAAAAUCAUUAUUAUUUUUAUUUUUUCCUGCUCAGUUGAAAAAUAUAGUAAUGACAUUUUCAUAAGUACUGUUUUUGAUAAUAAAUGAAUUAAAUGAAAAUAAGUAUGAAAUUUAAACUAGUUUUAAAACAAAAUUAGAGUUAAAUUUAUAAAUAAGAGUCAAAUUAACUUUUUCUUUUUUAAUAAACAGACUAUUAGAUCUUUUCCUUUUUAUACUUAAAUUAUAAAUUUGCAAAUCAAAUUUCUUCUUGGAAUUUGCGUAGGUACUAUAUAUAAAUACAAACACAAACACAAAAAAAAAAAACGAACACACCUAGCAUCAUAACAAAACCCCAAUUAAUUUCUCCGAUAAUGGACAGCUUGCCUGGCCAUCUCUUGAACAAGGUUCUUUUCAAGACUGAUCUCAGAGCGCUGGCUAUGUUGUGUUGCGCAAAUACAUCACUCCAAUCGCAUAUACAAAACCCUUCUUUUGUAUCUGAAUACUAUUCUCAGAUCAAAUCCAGUUUGCUUCAUAUCUCCACUUAUGGCUCACCUUACCUAGUCUACCACCACCCACACGGCGGUUCUAGGUCACAUAAAACCAAAAACAGCUUAAUGGAGUGUCAUAUUUUUGGAUGCUGCUCAGGCCUUCUUCUACUUUUCAUUGAUGAUCGUCUAUGCGUGACAAAUCCCAUUAGGAAGAAGUUUCGAUUCUUGACUCGUCGGGACAAGAGAAAGCAACUAGGGCUCGCGGUUAAUCAGCUUGAUCGAACCACACAUAAUUUCAAAGUUGUGUACAUAUUCGAGAUGGCAAAAACCGAUGAAACGAAGUAUGGUUUCGAGAUUAACGCCGGAGACUCAUGGACAUGUUCAAAAACGACACUUACUUGCCACACAAGCAAUCUUGAUGACCGUAUGAAGAACCCUGUUUACUUGGAGGGGUCUCUUCACUGGCUAAGAAAUGACGGAAGCAUCAUAUCUUUCAACCCCGAAACAGAGAAAGCACGGCUGAUCAAGAUUGACUUCCCACAGGGAUUGACUUCGAGAACCCUCUUUGCACCCGGAGUUAAUAGCUUGACUUUGGUAUCAGCCAAUGAGGAAGUCAUUUACUUUUAUGCACUCAAGAACAUUCUCAGUGAUUCCAAGUGGGUCCUCGAGAAGCAGAUCCAGAACGGAGUGAUUGACAAAAAUAUAGUUAGCUGGUACGUAGAAGCUUAUAACGGCAAGUGUUUAGUGUUACGAACUUGGUAUGAUGGAGUAGUUCAUGUGUACGACUUGAUUGAUAACAAGUGGGUAGUCAUGGGUUCGGUUCCAACGUGGUGCGAUGCAAAUCGAGAUUUUUUUCUAUUCACGCCGUCGUCGUCUUCUGUGGUAGGACUUGAUGAGAUAUUGGCUUGUGGUGACUCUCUAAGAUUGAUUAUGGGACUUGUUGAUGGAAGCUUAUCAGAAAAAGGUGGAGAAGCAACUUGUUGAUGGAAGCUCGUCAGAAGAGAUGAGAUUACUUUUGAGGAUGUUAUUUGUAUGAGCAAAAUACCAACAACAAACGAAGAGCGUAGUGGACACAUUCGUAAGCGAGGAACAUGCAUGUGUCUUUUGGUUGAUGAACAUCGCUGUUUUAUGUUUUCUUCCCUCUUUUUGCAUUAAGCGAAUUAUGUUUGUGUGCUUGUUUAAAUUGAAAGCUGAAUGACUGAAAAUCUCAAAAAGUUUUACAAAAAUAAUUAACUAAUAUAAAUUGAUAUAAUCUACUUACUUAUCAUCAAUUGAUUUUAUAUUAAAAUUUCACUAAUUCUAAUUAAAUUUCACUUAGUAUAGAAUCAAUGAAUGAAUGAAAAUCUUACAUUGGUAAUUGAAAAACAAUUAAUUAAUAUAUACAGAAAUAAUGUCAAUCCACUCAUUACCAUUUAGUUUUAGAUUAGAAAUCUAUUAUAAAUCCGAAUUUAAUAUUAAUAAGGUGCUCAUAAUCACCAAAACAAUGAAAAUACUUAACUAAAAAUACUUUUUAACAAUAUUCUUCUAACUAUAAAACUAUCAAUAUUAUUUAACUAUAUACUUUAAUAGGAAAAUAAACUAAAAAUGCCAUGUCUUAAUCAAUAUUCUUCUAACUAUAAAACUAUCAAUGUUAUUUAACUAUAUACAUUAAUAGGAAAAUAAACUAAAAUUGCCAUGUCUUAAUCAACAGUUUAGGUGGUUUAUAUUCUGGGCUGACCCCAACCAAAAAACUU